AUGUUUGUGGAAGGUGUAAAGAAGGCGCUUUUGGCGUUGUCUCUUUUGGCUGCUAGUGCACAAGCUGUGCCGCGAGUGCGCCGGCAAAACAAUGCAAGCUCUUUCGAUUACAAGAGUCAGAUAGUCCGAGGUGUCAAUCUAGGUGGCUGGCUGGUGACCGAGCCAUGGAUUACACCUUCACUUUAUGACAGUACAGGGGGUGGUGCGGUAGAUGAAUGGACGCUGUGUCAGAUACUAGGCCAGGACGAAGCCAAGGUCAAAUUGUCGUCUCACUGGAGCUCGUUCGUCACGCAAAGUGAUUUUGACCGUAUGGCUCAGGCAGGACUGAAUCAUGUCCGCAUCCCUAUUGGAUACUGGGCCGUUGCUCCCAUUGAUGGUGAGCCAUAUGUCAGCGGUCAGAUCGACUAUCUCGACCAGGCGGUCACCUGGGCUAGAGCUGCUGGUCUCAAGGUUAUCGUUGAUCUGCAUGGUGCGCCGGGCUCUCAGAAUGGUUUUGACAAUAGUGGACACCGAGGCCCCAUCCAAUGGCAGCAAGGAGACACGGUCAACCAGACAAUGACCGCAUUUGACGCCCUUGCAAGGCGUUACGCUCAGUCCGAUACCGUCACAGCGAUCGAGGCCAUCAACGAACCCAACAUUCCUGGUGGCGUAAACGAGGGUGGCCUCCAGAACUACUAUUACGGUACUUUGGCCGAUGUCCAGCGUCUUAACCCUUCUACUACUUUGUUCAUGUCGGACGGCUUCCAGCCUGUGGAAUCCUGGAACGGCUUUAUGCAAGGUAGCAACGUUGCCAUGGAUACGCAUCACUAUCAGGUUUUUGACACCGGUUUGCUUUCUAUGAGCAUCGAUGACCAUGUCAAAACGGCGUGUUCUCUCGCCACACAGCACACGAUGCAAUCAGAUAAGCCUGUCGUCGUGGGUGAAUGGACCGGUGCUCUGACUGACUGUGCCAAAUAUCUCAACGGCGUCGGUAAUGCCGCUCGCUACGAUGGCACAUACAUGUCCACCACCAAGUACGGUGACUGCACGGGCAAGAGCACGGGUUCCGUAGCUGAUUUCUCAGCCGAAGAGAAAGCGAACACCCGUCGUUACAUUGAGGCUCAGCUGGAGGCUUACGAGAUGAAGAGCGGAUGGCUCUUCUGGACCUGGAAGACCGAGGGUGCCCCAGGAUGGGACUUGCAAGACCUUCUGGCUAACCAACUCUUCCCUACCUCGCCUACUGAUAGACAAUACCCCCACCAGUGUUCUUGA